AUGCCUCCAGUUCUUCACUGCGUCCGACAUGCACAGGGUUUUCACAACCUCAGCGUUGCCAACCAUGUCAUGCAAGACCCCUUGCUCACCCCAUUCGGUGAAGAGCAGUGCCGUACUCUACGAGCCAACUUCCCAUAUCAUGCCGACAUCGACUUGAUCGUUGCUUCACCGCUUAGACGAACAAUUUACACGGCACUCCUUUCAUUUGCGAAUAUCAUCCAAGAACGAGGGUUGAAGAUCAUUGCGCUGCCAGAAAUACAGGAAACUAGUGAUGUUCCUUGUGAUACGGGAAGCGAUCUCGCCGAUUUGAAGAGGGAGGUUGAAGAGAAGGGGCUGCCCGUUGACCUGUCGUUAGUUCCGGAGGAUUGGAAUGAUAAAACAAAGGAGAAAUGGUCUGCCAAUGCUAAAUCAGUCACCGCGCGUGCUCGUGAAGCAAGAAGAUGGUUGAAAGCUCGGCCAGAGAAGCAUAUUGCCAUGGUAUCCCAUGGAGGCGUUUUACACUACUUCAGCGAAGAUUGGCAAGAUAGCAUUCUCUACCAAGGCACCGGCUGGGCUAAUACUGAAUUCCGAACGUUCGAGUUUACUGAUUCUACCGACACCGAUGACCUAUACGGUAAUAAAAUCGAUGGUGAUAACGCAAGUAUCAGAGAGACAGUCGAUUCAAGGAAGAGAAGAGGCAAGGCAGCAGCUGAGCCUCCAAGCAGAGAAAUGCAGAAACAGUUCUUUGUUCAGGCUAUUACUGGGUGGGAGAACCAGGCUGCGCAAGCCUUGGCUGCAAAUAACGGUGUGGAGGAGAAGGAGGAAGCUAUAGAUGUUUUGCAAAAGCAGCCUGUCUCAGUUGCUGCUGAAUAG